AUGGGAAGACGAGGCCACAGGCGGUCUGCAUCACAAGAUGAGGACAAUGUGGGCUGUGUGUGGGGCCUCAUGCGCAUGCUUUACUUCCGUCGAGAUCCCAAACUCUUGCUGGAUGCAAAGCAAUUGAGUGGGAGCCAUACGUUCCGGGAGGUCAGUGAGAGGGGGCAUUCAGCAAAGUGGCCAAAGGAUUUUGACGAGAUAGAAGAUGGUAACAUAGAAGAAUGCACUUCGCAGAAACCAACAGUCAAAAACCUUAUGGAGGAUGAAUUGGGAAAAGUAAAGCUGCUGAAGAAAAAUCCAAAUGAUGAGGUUCAGAGAAGAUUAGCGGACCUGGGAAAUGAUGUCUCUCUUGAUAGGAGUUCAGAGCAUACAAAUAAAUCAACAGAUAACUCAUAUCACCAGGCAGGAAUCUCUACGCCUUCAACUCCAUCAAUGGAUUCUGGGGUUUUGAAUUAUGCUGAAGAAUAUGAUCUUGAAUCUGUCCUGGUGAAUUUCCUAGGUGAAAUAUAUAGUUGUCACAAUGAAUGCCCACACAGUGAUUGCAAAAAUAAGAAUGAAUUGUGUCCUUCACUGAAGGCCCUAAUCCAUAAAAAGGUCAAUGAAUUGAAUAAUCUUCCUCGCAAUAUUGGCUGUAGGCAAUCUCAAGAGGGCAAUGAUGAUAAGCUAUCUGACCAGAAUAAUCUUUCUAACACCAUGGCUGCCCAAUCCAAACAAUUCAAGGAUGCAUUGGAAAUACUGGGUUCAAACAAUGAACUUUUCGUGAAGCUGCUUCAGAAGCCAAAUCCACAUAUAGCUGACAGUAUCCAAAAGCAUGAAAACAGUAAGGUAGCUGCUGGAUUAGAGCCCAAUAAAAUUCAUGGACAGACCAAUUUUGUUGGAGGAAGGGGAGGCUCAAAGCAGCAUCCUUUGGCUACAAAAGAGCAGGCUAAAGAGAGAAAAUAUAUGUUCUUCUGGAGGAAGGGUAAAUCAAAUAGAAGGCAGAUGCUUGAGGAAACUGACGCAGCUCAGACUGUUAGCAAAAUUGUUAUUCUGAAGCCAAAUCCAGAAAGAGGGAUUAAUCAGAAAGCAGCUACUGCAAGAACUUUACAUCAACAGCCUUGUACAUCGCAUGCUCCUGAAUGCAGUGGAAGGGAAAACUCAAAGUUUUCAAUUAAGGAAGUCAAGAAAAGAUUCAGAUUUGUGACUGGUGAGAGUAGAAGAGAAAGAAAUUUGGCUCCUGCAGAGGACCUUCAAGGAGACCCACAUAAGCUCAAAGAUUCUGUUAUUGCAAUUAAUAAAGAUUUUAAACAUCUCCCAGAAGGGAGCUUGGCAAACAAGUCUGUGUCAGACAUUAAGAAUGACAUCAAACCUUUCAUCAGCAGUAAGCAAAAGCAGCAAAAUGGGAGCAUAAGCGAAAUCAGUAGCCAUCUAGUAGCACCAAAAGGUGCGUCUAUCUUCUAUGAAGAGGCCAAGAGGCAUUUAACAGAGAUGCUAAAAGAUAAUGACUGUUCUGUAAACUAUCCAGCAGUUCAAAUCUCAAAAUCCUUGGAAGGCAUACUUUCUCUUCCUCAUGCCAAUGUGUCAAGCCCUAGGAGUAGCCUGAGGGGAAAGGAUUACCUUGACCCCUCACCUGGAGAAACAGAUGUUUAUGUUGCAUGUGAGGUUGAGAGAGAAGAAUGCACACAAGAGAGAAGCCAAUCACAAGAGGAUUUAGGAAGCAUUGCUCGCUGUACUAGUGCAGCAGUUGAUGAUCAGGUGACAGUUCGAGAAGGAUAUUACACGAAUGAAGCACAAGAAGGACCAAAACAUGCUCAUGAUGAGCCAGGCAGUCUGUGUAUUGAAGGAAUUGACAAAUUCAUUUGCGGCGAAAACAUUUGCAACGAACAGUCCAUUCCAGCAGAACAAAGCAGAGACGGUGUAUAUCAGGAAAUACUAGAAGAAAUAAAACAAGGAAAAGAACAUGUUAAAAUGUCCCUGACUAAUGCUGAGGGCGUAGUUGAAAAAUUGGGGCAGCAAGAGCCAGAAACACCAGAACCAAGAGCAUCAACCAAAUUAAUCUCAGAUGGUUCUCCUGAACAAAGCGAUGAAAAGCAAGAGAGGCCCAGUCCAGUAUCUGUUCUUGAGUCAUUCUUUGAAGAUAUUAGCAGUCCGGACUGCAUAAAUAAGAAAGAAUGUGAGCUGCAUAGUCUCCAAAGGACCCUGUAUUUUCCAGAUAAUGAACAAGAUGUUCACGUCCUUUGGGAGGACAAGAGUGUCAGGGUGGAUUACAUAAAGUUGGUGCUAGAACUCUCAGAGUUGUGUGCAGAACAAAAUUUAGAGGUAUGGUACCUAGAGGAUGAAUUAAUCAGCCCCUGCUUGUUUGAAGAACUACAGAGUCAGGGUGAUCAAACGGAUGAUCUAAAGCUUCUGUUUGACUGUAUCUGUGAAGCUCUAACAGAGAUCCAAGAGAGAUAUUUUAGACUCUCUUCUUGGCUAACUUUUCUAAAACACGACAUACGGACACCUCCAAUAGGAGAAAACCUCAUCACAGAAGUUGAUAGAUAUGUUUACAGGUAUAUCCAAUAUAGUCUUCCAAGUACUCUAGAGCAGAUAAUUAAGAGGGAUCUGGAAGUGGAGACGUGGAUGAACAUUAGAUCAAAAACUGAAGGGAUUGUUAUGGAGAUCUGGGAGUUUGUAUUGGAUGAGUUGAUAGAUGAGACUGUCUUUGAUUUGUGGAUUUGA